GUAUUUUAUGCAUUUUAUUAUUUUUUAGCUCAAUUAAUCAGUUGUAUCCAAUGAGUAAUCCACAAGAUUUAUCAACUAAUAAUAGUAAUAUUAAUAUAAAUGAUGAAGAAACGAAAAUUGUCAUCGAUACAAAUAAUGCUGAUUUGAAACAUAACAAUGAAAACAAUACUUGUACCUUACAAAUAGAUUCAAUAAAGACAAAUGUAGAAAAGGCUAAUAAUGAAGAAUCUCAAAAGAAAGACGGCAAUAUAAAUAGAAAAGAAAAUAUUACGUGGGUACAAUUUGUAGCGAUGCCACGCGAUGCAACACAUAUUGAACCUACAGGUGCACCUUUGGAAUAUGAUCCUCAGACCAGAAAUUAUUUCGUCAAGUAUGUCUUCUCGAUUGUGUUUAUAAUGCUAAUACUUACGGCCAUAUUUGAUGCAAUAGUAUUGAAUUCGGAUGACAUUAAACGAAUUUUCUUAAGAUACAACCUGUUAAUCGUAAUUGGAGCACUGAUUAUUGUUAUAGCUAUGAAUUACGUGAUUUUCUGUAGCGCCUGUUCAAGAAUACCGCCGUGUAAUUUUAUUAGUCUCUUCAUUGUGGUUAUUGGCAUGAGUUUAUUAGUAGGUGCGGUGACAGUGCGGUACAAAACUGAAAUAAUUUUGUACGCUAUAAUUGCUACUGUUAUUGUCGUUGCCAUUUGUGUGAUGCUGGCUUGCACAAGUUUUGAUUUCACAUCAUGGUACAUCUAUAUAAUUGCCAUAGCGGCGGCAUUUGCAGCAAUAUCUAUGAUUAUUUCCCUCACCAUGCUUGUGAUGAAGGUCUACUAUAAGCCGCUGCAUUUGGUCUUAUUGAUCGUUGGGACUUUAAUUCAAGUUGUGGUCCUCAUCAUGGAGUUACAAAUGAUAUUAGGUGGGAGAACUGUGGAAAUUGGUGAAGAUGACUACGCGGUGGCUGCUUUUAUGCUUUAUACUAGUAUUGUUGACAUAUUCCUUAAAUUCGUUCAGAUACUUGGCAUACUAGAUAAAUAA